GUUGCAGUGGGAGAUUUUUACUGGAAGCAGAUCACUGAGCCUGUAAUGAGCCUCUACACAGAAACCACUGAUGGUUCUUUCAUAGAUAGAAAGGACAGCACGCUUGUUUGGAACUACCAAUACGCAGAUCCAGAUUUUGGCUCAUGUCAGGCAAAAGAGCUUCUAGAUGACUUGGAAAGCGUUCUUGCAAAUGAACUGGUUACAGUUAAGAGUGGCCAUGACAUUGUAGAAGUGAAGCCUCAGGGUGUCAACAAAGGUCUUGUAGCAGAACGUCUCCUAGAAACAAUGCAGCAGAAAGGAACAGCGCCAGAUUUUGUGCUCUGCAUAGGGGAUGAUCGAUCAGAUCAGAAUAUGUUCGAGGUGGUAAUGAGUGCUGUCGCAAGUUCCUCACUUUCCCCCGUGGCUGAAGUGUUUGCUUGCACAGUUCGCCAGAAACCAAGCAAGGCUAAGUAUUAUUUGGAGGACACUACGGAGAUUCUAAGAAUGUUGCAGGGCCUGGCGUCUGGGUCAGAGCAUUCUGCUAAACAUGUUUCGAUAUCUCCUCAACGCAUAAUCAUCGAAAAAGAAUAG